AUGAACAGAUAAGAAAAAUAAGAAAUAGAGUCUGGAUUACGUGCUAUAUUGGAAGAAGUAUAAAAACUUAAUUAUUAUAAAGAUGCUCAAUUAUAAAAAUGAGAAAUGUUUACGAAUUGAGUACUACAAUUGCAAUGAUUUAAUAUAGAGAAUUACAAGGACAUUUAGAGAAAUAAAGAAUAACAAUUAGGAAUAUAAGAAAUUAGAAUCAGUUUUGCAAUAACAGGAAGCCGAUAUUCGAAAUCACAUAAGUGUAAUAAGAAUAUCUUAAUUGAUGACUAGUUGGAACAAUAGAUGAAGUUGUAUUAGGAUUAGUUAUAAGCAAAAUUAGAUGAAGCAUCUCAAGAAAUAAAGAGAUUGUAAUAGGAAAUAUCUCGAUAUAGUACUAAUAUUGUAUAAUAGUGGUUAUCAGAAUCGAAGAAAAGGAAAGAGAAGAGUUAAGAGGCUUCUUUAUCAUAAAGAAAUGUUUCACCCAAGAAACAAGAAUCAUUGUCUUAACAUGGAUAUUCAUCACAUAGGAGUUCUUGUGAUCAAUUAUUCAAGAGAUAUAAUAAAUUACUUUAAUAACAAUAAGCUUAAAUAAGCCAACGCUCAAAUAAUAUCUAAAUUAGUUAAUACAUGAUGAAAGGAAGAUAAACUUUAGCAGAAAUUUGCAAUAUUUAACCUAGUAAACCUAGUCGAAGUUAAACAAAACACAGUAAUAGUGCAAAAAAAGGCAAUUAAAAUAAUUCAAUUAGUUCUGAAACUAUAAGAAAUUUACUAAAAAUUAAAUGA